AUGCAAAAAGAUGAAGCAAUUAUUUUCCUACUUUCUACUUUGAUAAGUAGUAAAAUCACAGAAGAGCAUCUUAACAAAACAUCUUUGCCUUCUACCUACAUUAAAUACAUAUCACAGCUUUUACCAGAUGAAGCAAUGAAUUUACUUCAAAAUUAUAAACCAAAUAACAUUACACUGUCACUUAUUAAACAUAUAUUACAAUCCAGAUCAAGUUUAAAACAACAUAGUUUAUUGAAUUAUAGUUUAUACAAUCAUAUAUCUGGACACAAUGGCGCUAUUGAAUCUAUAGUUAUGGAUACAAAUGUAAACAGGACAUACCUUUUUACAGGUGGAUCUGAUGGAACUAUAAAAGUAUGGGAUAUUGACUAUGGAACUUUAAUCAGUUCACUUUAUGGACAUAAUUCAGGUAUUGUAGACAUGAAUAUAUGCUUUAAUAAUAAGUAUCUUUCAACAGUAGAUAGAAAUGGAAAUGUCGUAAUAUGGGAUUUACAAGAGUUAACGAUCUAUCAUAAAAUAACACUUGAAUAUAAGAUUAUAAUGAGUGAGUUCAUAAGAGAACCUAAAUCUACAGACUUAAGUAUAGUUGGUCGUGAUACAGCUUAUGAAACCAAAUAUAUCACCCUCAUAUCAUCAGAUUCAACUUUAAUUAAUCUCAAGUUUAAUCAUAAUUGUUACGAAAUAGUUUCUAUAAAUGAUUGUUUAUCAAAUAAAACAAUAGACACUAUAAGUGUUCUAGAAGGACGAAGAAUUAUAUGUGUUGGUGGAAGAUGGCCUUUUCUAUUACUUUUUGAUUUAUUUGAUUCAGAAAAGUUAAUCAUGUUAGAAGAUUUUAGAGAUGUUGAUCCAGACAUAAAUAUUAUGAAAAUGGUUGGAAGCAAAUAUGGAUUUAAUAUUGCAACAGCUUAUGCCAAUACAAUGUGUUAUUAUAAAUUUUAUAGUUUAGGGAUGGGAUGUGAUGGUAAUAACAAAUUCAUCAAUUCAUUAAGAAAACAAGGGUAUUUUGAUAAGUAUAUUAUUGAUGUAAAUCAUACACGUGGAAUGAUAAAUACAAACAAUGCAUGUGUAGAAUCUAUGGGAUUUUUAUGUAAUAAUUUUCUAGUGGUUUGUUGUGAUGAUGGUUUUAUGAGGGUUUAUGAUAACGAUUCUUUAAUUGCUGUUUUUGAAGGUGAGGAUGGUGAUGUUUAUACACACCCAAAUCGUUUAGUGUGGGCAAUUGUUGGUAAUGAAAUAUCUUUAUAUCAAUUGAAUGGUUUUACAAAUGAACAAAUAAGAUAUAUGCCUCAUCUUAAAGAAAAUAAGCAAUAUUUAAAACCUGAAUUUUUGCAUGAUCAAAAAGUAUUUAUAGAAUUAUUUCUUACUGUUCCAAUUAAUAGUUCCACUACUAACAGUUUAAAAGAUUUUGUUUUUAGUAAUAAUGGUUUAUAUUUUAUAACUACAUAUGAAGAUGGUUCAAUAUUAACUUAUUCACUCAAUACAAAUAGCUUUAAAAAAUACGAGGAGCAGUUUUGUAUUUUAGACUUCAAGCCUUGGAUUGCAGAAAGUAUAAUUAAGAUUUUAGAUCAUUUUAGUAGUGAUAUGAAGACAAAUAACCUUAAAUUUACUAGUGAACUUAUAAAAAAGAAUGAAUUUAUUAAAAGUUUGUAUGAGAAUUUAUAUUCCUUACAAAUAUAUGAUAUUGAAAGAUUACUUAUACGUGCUGGUGAUUAUAAAACAUUGAAAGAUAUUGUUUCUUCUAGAGUUUAUGACAGAAACAAGAAUGUUUUAGACAUAAUUAAGAGAAACUAUUUAAUUGGUGAGUGUAUGAAAACUAAUUUUACAUUUGUUGAUAUGGCAGCGACUCACUUUAACAAAUUAAAACUAAACAAACUUGAAUUUGAUCAAAAAUUUAAUAAUGAAACUGUUUAUCCUGAAAUUAAUCUUUUGGAAGAUACAAAUCUUGAAAUAUUUCCAUCAAGUAGCAUUUCAAAUUUUUCUUUUAAAGACCCUACUAAUACCACCAAUCCUCCUAUUGCUACUUUUAUAGGAAAUAGAAUGAUUAUUGAUGAUAGUAGUGAUGAAUCUCCUAAAUCUGUAAAAAAGGUUACUUUUGAUGAUGAAUUUCUUGAUGAUGAUGAAACAAUGUCUUCUUUAGAAUAUGAUGAUAAUAUGGAUUCUACAACAGAUCUUACAGAUACUUCCUGUUCAUCCAUUUUAACUUCUGAUUCUGUAAAAAAGUUAAAAUUUACUAGAAAUAAUUAUACUUUUUCUGAUGAUGAAUAA